AUGCUGCAGAAGCGGGAGAAGGUGUUGCUCCUGAGGACGUUCCGCGGCCGCUCGCUGCGCCUGGUGCGGGAGCACUACGUGCGCGCCCGCGUGCCCUGCCUCAGCCCGCUGUGCCCGCAGCCCGCCUGCCGCCCCGAUGGGAAACUGCUGUCCAGCGAUGCAACGCACUAUGUGGUCCCGGACUGGAAGGUCGUGCAGGACUUCCUAGAGGUCCUGGAGCUGCCUGAGCUGAGGGGAGUCGUGUUCAUGCAGACAGCCUGCCAGGCCGUGCAACACCAGCGGGGUCGCAGACAGUAUAACAAAUUGCGAAACCUCCUGAAGGAUGCACGUCAUGACUGCAUUCUCUUUGCUAAUGAGUUCCAGCAGUGCUGCUACCUGCCACGAGAGAGAGGGGAGUCCCUGGAAAAGUGGCAGACCAGGAGCAUAUACAAGGCGGCUGUCUGGUACUAUCACCACCUCCAGAACAAGAUGCCAAUACUUAUGGUGACAGAAGAUGAAGAGGCAAUUCAGCAGUAUGGAAGUGAAACAGAAGGAGUGUUUGUGAUUUCUUUCAAGAAUUACCUGGACAACUUUUGGCCUGACCUGAAGGCUGCCCAUGAGCUCUGCGAUUCAAUCCUUCAGUCUCGACGGGAGAGGGAGAGGGAGAGCCAGGAGAGCCACAGGAAAGAGUACCCGGAGCACCUCCCCUUGGAAGUGCUGGAAGCAGGGAUUAAGUCCGGACGCUACAUCCAGGGAAUUCUGAAUGUCAACAAACACAGAGCACAAGUAGAAGCUUUUGUUCGACUUCAAGGAGCCAGCAGUAAAGAUUCAGGUCUGUUGAGCGACAUCUUAAUACACGGGAUGAAGGCGCGAAAUCGCUCGAUUCAUGGUGACGUGGUAGUCGUAGAACUGCUCCCUAGAAAUGAAUGGAAAGGGAGGACUGCAGCACUGUCUGAGAAUGACGGAGAUGACAAGGCCUUGGGCGAGUCCCCAAGUGAACCCAUGCCCACAGGUCGAGUGGUAGGCAUCCUUCAGAAGAAUUGGCGGGAUUAUGUGGUGACAUUUCCGUCCAAAGAAGAGGUCCAGUCUCAGGGCAAAAAUCCUCAGAAAAUCCUGGUUACACCCUGGGAUUACAGAAUUCCCAAAAUUCGAAUUAGCACCCAACAAGCAGAAGCCCUCCAGGACUUCAGGGUGGUUGUGCGCAUCGAUUCCUGGGAGUCAACAUCCGUGUAUCCAAAUGGACAUUUUGUACGUGUUUUGGGAAGAAUUGGAGAUCUGGAAGGAGAAAUCGCCACCAUCCUAGUAGAAAACAGCAUUUCAGUUGUACCUUUCUCAGAAGCUCAGAUGUGUGAGAUGCCGGUGAACACGCCUGAACACCCCUGGACAGUGAGUCCUGAGGAGGAACAAGGGCGUAAAGACUUGAGGAAAACACUCCUUGUGUUCAGCAUUGACCCCAAAGGCUGCGAAGAUGUGGAUGACACACUCUCUGUCAGAACCUUGAAUGAUGGCAACCUGGAACUCGGAGUCCACAUUGCAGAUGUUACCCACUUUGUGGCACCGAAUUCUUACAUCGAUAUUGAAGCUAGGACAAGGGCCACCACAUACUACCUAGCUGACCGGCGCUAUGAUAUGCUGCCCUCCGUGCUCAGCACUGACCUGUGCUCCCUCCUGGGUGGUGUUGACAGGUAUGCUGUCAGUGUCCUGUGGGAGCUGGAUAAGACCUCCUAUGAAAUCAGAAGAGUAUGGUAUGGCAGGACCAUCAUCCGAUCUGCGUACAAACUGUUCUACGAAGUGGCCCAGGAGCUUCUGGAUGGAAACUUCAGUGUGGUGGAGGAGAUUCCAGAGCUCAGGGCCCUGGAUGAGGAGAGUCGUCGGACCAGACUGGAGGAGCUGGCAUGGGCAGUGGGCAAGCUGACAGACAUAGCCCGCCAUGUCCGGGCCAAACGCAACCGUUGCGGUGCCCUGGAGCUGGAGGGAGUGGAGGUGCAUAUUCAGCUAGACGAGAAGAAGAACAUCCAUGACCUCAUCCCCAAGCAGCCACUGGAGGUCCAUGAGACGGUGGCGGAGUGCAUGAUCCUGGCCAACCACUGGGUGGCCAGGAAGAUCUGGGAGAGCUUUCCCCACCAGGCUCUGCUGCGCCAGCACCCCCCUCCACACCAGGAGUUCUUCUCCGAGCUGCGGGAGUGCGCCAGAGCCAAGGGCUUCUUCAUGGACACGCGGUCCAACAAAACGCUGGCCGACUCCCUGGAUAAAGCGAAUGACCCUGGCGAUCCCGUCGUGAACAGGCUGUUGCGCUCAAUGGCCACGCAGGCCAUGGCCAACGCGCUGUACUUCUCCACCGGGUCCUGUGCGGAGGAGGAGUUCCACCACUAUGGUCUUGCACUAGAUAAAUACACCCACUUUACUUCUCCAAUAAGAAGAUAUUCAGAUAUCAUAGUACACCGACUGUUACUGGCAGCUAUUUCAAAAGAUAAGAAAAUGGAAAUAAAGGAAAAUUUGUUCAGCAACAAAGAUCUUGAGGAAUUAUGCAGACAUAUCAACAACAGAAACCGAGCAGCACAGCGCGCUCAGAAGCAAUCGACCGAGCUCUUCCAGUGCAUGUACUUCCGAGACAGGGACCCCGAGGCCGAGGAGCGCUGCACAUCCGACGGUGUGAUCUAUUCCAUUAGAACCAACGGCGUACUCCUAUUCCUACCAAGGUUUGGAAUUAAAGGUGCUGCUUAUCUAAAAAAUAAAGAUGGUUUAGUGAUCUCAUGUGGCCCAGAUGGCCAUUCUGAGUGGAAACCAGGAUCCCUUCAGCGGUCUCAGAACAAAAUCACCUCUACCACAACAGAAGGGGCGUCUGUCACAUUCCACUUGUUUGACCAUGUCACAGUAAGAAUAUCUGUACAGGCCUCCCGCUGCCAUUCAGAUAUAAUCAGACUUGAGAUCAUAAGCAACAAACUGCACAUGACACCAGGUGCAGAGCCCUUUCUUCAGAGUGCUCUCCUGCUGAAGAGUGACUUGGUGAAGGAAGUCACCAGAUCCGUGGAGGAAGCUCAGCUUGCCCAGGAGGUCCCAAGAGACAGCAUUCAGGAAGAGUAUCAGGAAUAUCGCCAGACAAAGGGAAAAAGCCUGUAUAUGCUUCUAGAGGAGAUCAGGGACCUGGCUCUCCUGGACGUUUCAAGCAGUUGUAGAAUAUGAACUACUCCAUUAAAAGACCUUUGUCUUGUGUGACUAUCUUUUCAAACUUAACAUUUAACCAAUCUUGUGUAUUACUCAGUGCUCUAGUCAGUCAGAACUGGGUAGCUAUUUCACAGACAUGUAAAAUGUUAUCUGAUUAAAUAAAGUGAAAAUAGGCCA